ACUGGUCAGAAGUGCGACAGUAUGGCCGAACUGGCACUCGGCAUUGUACCACUCGUGGGCCUCGUCAUCACUUCAUAUAAGGCUGUCGCGAUAAACCUGAAGACAUACCGACAUUAUUCGAAGAAGAUCAAACGUUUUCAGGUCGCACUUUCAGUUCAACGCAGUGUCUUUGAGAACGAGUGCCACUUGUUGCUCCGACUCGUCCUGCCAAAUGAUGAUGCGAUUGACGAGAUGAUGGCUGAUCCUGGCCACGAAAGAUGGACUGAUCCUAGCCUCGACGACGCGAUCGCCCGAUGGUUGGGCAAAAAUCUAGAAGCAUACAAAGGAAGCGUGGAAGCCUGCCAUGAGGCGCUGUGCGAGCUCGAAGAGCAGCUGCGAGGCUUUGACGUAGUCCAUGGGCUACAGCAGAAGGGAGAACGUAUGAAAGAUACGCUCCGGAGACUCCGUAGGGUCCAAGACGGUGUCAAAGUGGUGAUUAAUGAGAAAAAUUACAUUUCAGCCCUCGAUGAGUUAAAGCAAUCCACAGAGGGCCUCACAGCUAUGAGGGAGCAGAUCGCUGAGCUCGACAAACUCAAGACAGCCAUCCAGAUCAAAACCAAGUGUCCUCCAGCAGGUGAAUGGGCGAGGCUAUUGAGGAUACGGCGAGCCUCAAAAGCUCUCCACGAUGCACUGGCUGGAGCCUGGAAUUGCAGCCAGGAGGGACAUAUGAGGCAUCUCGUCAAACUUUUCAUCGAGACAGACCUGGUCGAUGACGAAAUUCAGAUGGACAUCGCCAUUGUCUGCCACACGCAAGUCAGGAAUACUCUAUAUGCGACAUUGGUCGAGCUCGAAGUACGCUCCCAAAACCUCGAAUGGAUCGAAUCGCCCCAAAUCCCGGCCAUGAUGCCCCCUGCCGAUGGUGAGGUACAACGACCUUCGAAACGACUCAAAACCGUCAAGGUCACUGAGACAACUGUCACAUCAUCGUCUCCUUGCCUCGGGUCACCCAAAGGAGCUUUUCGUCGGUCUAAGAAAGCCACCUGUCGAAGCUCGUGUGAUCUUCGUGCUUCGAAAGACGUCUGCAUGGAGUUGACCAGCAAAUCACCGCCUGCAUCAGGCCAAGACUCUUCAGGAUGCCUCGGCCAUCUUGACAUCGAGUCAGAGGCAGGGUACCGCCAUUCGUUUUACCCAGGAUUUCAGCAGUCCAUCUGUAGGAAAGCGAAUCGGGACCCAGUCCCGAUAAGCCAGGUAUUUGAACCAACGGCCGCUGAGUAUGUGACCAUGUUGGAUCGCCUCAAACUUGCUCGGUCUCUUGUCUCAGCCGUCCUCAAGUUUCACUCAACUCCGUGGCUGCGCGACAUGUGGCAAUUACAAGAUCUCUCCAUCUUUCCGACUGAUAACGAUGAUCUGGCAAGGUCGUUGAACACACUUCAUGUCGGUGUGGGGUUCGCUCAGGGACACGCCCAGCGACAAGCAGCUGAGUCGAUGGAAGGCGUGCUAUGUCCAGAAGACCCCGCCGCAGGCCAAGUUGGAGAGUACGAAAGGCUUCUCUGCGGUAUCGACAACAUGGCACUACAUAGCCUUGGUGUCGCCUUGCUGCAGAUCGAUCGCUGGGUGAGGCUAGACGUCGAGACGCUGGAAGAUAUCGUUAAUAUCCGCAAACUGGCCAGUGGGCGCUUCGCUUUGGGGCCACAAUACGGCGAAAUCACCCGGAAGUGUCUGCGGUGUGAUUUUGGAUACGGUGACGAUCUUUCAAAACCGCGGUUGCAAGAGGCAGUUUAUGGGAGCCUGGUCGGCGUUUUGGAGAAGAUGAUCUCGUCCUUGGACUUGAAUGACGAUGUAGAUGAAUCAUGAUGUUUUGUCUGCUGAUACCACUAUUCAUUUCAAGAUCAUUUAUAUUU